AUGGUCUCAUCGUGUCACCGCACCUUCUUUCACGGCGCGGAGUGGUUGCAGAUUUUGGACGAAAAGCCCGAGUCAAUGCGGAAUGCCUUUUUGAAGGAUGCAUCGUUAGAGUUAUGUGCACCGUGUGGGUUUCUUUCCGUGGUGGAGAUGCAGGCGGGGCCCGGCUUUGUUGCCAUUGAGGCGGAGGUGCGCCGUCCCGCCUCGCUUGGCGACGACAAGGUGGAGUUGCUUCUGCUGCACUGUCCCUUUGCGGAGAUGCAGCGGCUGCUGGCGCUCCGGCACGCGCCAAAGGAGGGCUGGGACGCGGUGCAGGCGCAGCUGCGUGAGGCGCAGAGCAUCAUCGCGGCCAAAGAGGGGGAGGCCGCGGAGCUGCAAAGCCGGUUGCAGCGAGCGGAGCGACUACUCGUCGAGCACCGCGACGAGCGUGACGCGGAUGACCGGUGGGUGCAUGAGGCCCUUGACGAGACGGAGAAGACUGUGAUGGUGAUGUACAACGAGGUGAAGGAGCAGCGGGAGAGGGAAAAGCGGCUUGAGGCGCAGCUCCAAGCCGCCACGGAGUCGCUCGAGGCGCGUGCGACGGAAGUCGCCGAAGUUACGGCCCGACUGCAAACAGUAACCGCGGAGGCGGAGCGGCAGGAGAAGCGUGCCGCGCAGCGGCUUGACGAGGAGCGCCGCAGGGCCUCCACCGAGCUGCGUGGCGUAGAGGAGAAAAUGCGCCAAGAGCUGUCCACACUGCGGCUGCAGCAGCAGCAGCAACUUCGCAAAGCCGCUGAGGCUUCACGGCUGCUCACACACACUCUUACACUCAAUUGCGAGCCACACAACGAGGCGGCCGUGUCGUCGCUGGACCCCGAAGGCAGCAAGAUUCUGCAGGCCCUGUUGCUCAACGAAGCCGCGAUCGCCGCCAAUGCCAUCCCGCACAAGGUGGCUUCGCUCACGUGCAGCGGGAGCGAGUUUCGGGCGGAGGUGCAGCUGCAGAUAAACGCCCUUGCCGUGGAUGAGGCAAGUGUGGCGGAGAGCUUGCGACACUGCCGGACCCCCACUGCGGCGCUCUUCCUGCAACAGUGGCUCGAUGCAAAGGGAUCGGUGGAAGGCCGCAGCCGGGAGAUUCAGCGCCUCGUGCAGGGGCUGAAGGCGAUGAGUAACAAGGCGGAUGAGCUUCUUGCGAGGAACGCACAACUUACGUCAGAGGCCGAGGUAAAGCUCCGCGAAGAGCGUACGCGCGUUCGUGACGCCGAGAAGCGGAGCACAGCCCUUGCGGAGGAACUCUCCUGCAUUCGCGCGGCCCUUGGCACGGAGGACGCGUCGCAGCCCCUCCCAGAGCGUGUGGCACGUCUUCUGACGGCGGUGGCGGAGGCAGAGCAAUCGAGGGAUGAGCAUGAGGAGAAGUGGUGUGCGGAGCGCGCGCGGGCGCAGUCACUCGAGCGGCAGCUGCAGGGAACGGAGAACGAAAACCAUCAGCGGCAGCAGCGCUUUGCGGAGAGGCUGCUGGAGUUGAAACAGGACCUGGAGAAGGCGACAGGGGCGCUUGACUCACUGCAUGGCGAGCACCAGCAACUGCGGAAGCGGCACGCCUCCAUGCAGGAACUACUAGAGGAGCAAAAACAGGCCCUGGUGGAGGUGCAGGCAACACGGCGGCAUAAACUUCAGCGGCGGGACGACGAAGUCCCUUCAAAGCGUCAGGUUGCGGCUGCCGAAACGGCCGUAGAAGAAGAGCAUGAUGCUGUUGCCGCGCUCCAGCGUGCGUAUGCGGAAUACGACGAACUGUACGAAACAUUAGAGCGCUCCAGGCGGCAGUGGCAGAAAACGGAGGCGCUACAGCGAGAGAAGCUGCAAGGAAGUGAAGAGGAAUGUAAAGAGCUCCGUGAGCAGCUUGCUGCACUGCAGCAGGAAUUGCGGCGGCGACAAGAGGAAGCCACCACUGCUGCCUCCAACCACAAGCGCAGCGAAGCGGAACGCGACGAAAUACUCAACCGCAUUCAGAAAGAAAUGCAGGCACUCUCCAAGCGGUUGGCAAAGAAUGAUGCCCUGCAGCGUGAAACAGAGUCGGCUAAGAAGGCGCUCGAGCUGCUGGUGGCGCAGUUGCAGCAGCAAUGUGACGCGCAUGCGGCUGAGCGGAAGCAGCUGCAGGAGUCAUCCUCCAUGCUGGAGAAGGACAGGGCCGCCCUGGAGAAAAAGUUGGGGGAGUUGGAGCGUGAGAUGCAGAGCCGAAGUCUGAGAGCGGAGGAGAUGAUGCGGCAGUUGGUGGCUGAGGAGGAUGCGCGGCGUGCCGCCGAGAAGGAAGUGGCGGCGCUGCAGCGGCCACAUUCGACGACACGCAAAAGGUUAGGGAGUAGUGGAGGAAAGGAAGAAGGCACGAGGGCGGCAACUGUGCAGGAAGUAAAGCAACUACGCAAUUUCUGCAUACAAGCUCUCAAGCUGCCUCUGACGGAGAAGCAGCAAACAGUCAGCGACGUCAUUGCCUUCCUGGAGCAGCACCGCGGGUCGGUGCUGGCGGAGCAGGAGACUUUGGCGGCCGUCCUCGCGUCCAUGAGCACCGCAGCGGGGUUGCUGCGGCAGUGCGUCGCCGCCGCGGGAGGACCGAAGGAAGGACUCAGCCAUAGGACUCAAGCCUCAGGGGCUCCUGGCAAGGAGUUAGCCGCUGGUAAUUUGCGUGUCUUUAGCCGCUCUCUUACCUACAGCGGCGGCGGUGCGACGGCGGCGGCGGCGGCGCACUCGGCUAUGCCUCCGGUGCUGGCCAGCAGGAAAUCCGGCACAGCAACGCCCUUGACGCGGCUAGCGAGCGGCCAUCAACACCUGCAGAAACCGUCUGUGAAGAAAAGCACGCCGUCCGCCACUUUGACUUCCACCGCGGCUGACGUGGUGCAUUUUGCCCAGCUGCUCACCAGCGCCGUGGCGCACUGGCGAGACAGCGAAAAGCAAAAUGUAGUGGGAAAUGGCGCUGCGUCGAAGAAGUCCUCUGGCCUGUUGGAGGUGGCCGGAGGAACGCAGCAUGUCAUGCCCAACACGCAGCAGCAGAAAGAGCCCCAAUGUCAUACUGAGAGUGAAAACGAAAUUGCUGUUUCAAACUCCAACGGCAACAGUGAAUUCUUGCGUCGUAGCCGCGCCCAAGCGUUAUGUGUCGCGCUUUCCGUGAAGGAUCAUUUACACGACGCGUUGGGCGCGCUGCACUCUGUGCUGCGCGCCUUCCACGAGGAAGCCUACACCGUGAGUGGCCGCUUCGCGGUAGACCCUAUCCAUGACCUGCGGAUGUCAGAGGGGUGCGUUGUGUACGCGCUGAAGCGCAUUUCGCAGUCCGCCGACGCCAUUUUUUCGACGAGAGAGCGGCGCGAAAUUGAGGCAAGGCGUGGCGUCGAGUACUUCAACGUUCCGGUGGUGUGGCACGACGUCGCUGCUUCAGCCGCCCGGGCCAAAUCGCCGCCGUCCCACACACCCAAGGGGCAGAGGCAGCCUGGUAACGCCUUAGCGUCGCGCGAUGUCAACCUCUCAGCGUCGCCAUCGCGCUCCUGCGAGCGGCCGGAGCGUGAUCGCGUGUACGCUGGGGGCGCGGCCACUGACUACCGGUAUCGCAUGAGCCCAGAGGAUAACAAGCUCAUUCAGUGGGCUCUGCUAGAGGCUCGUCGACGUAAACGUUGA